UCUCCACUCUGUCUCCGAGAGAGCAUCGCAAGCGAGGAGAGCAUCUGCAGGAGCUGCCCCAGGAGGACCCCAGGGUUUGCUCAGGGUCAGCGCGCUCAGGACUGAGCCAGCCUGCCCGGGCGGAGCUGGACCGUGCAGAAGGACGCUGCGGGGCGCGGGCGUCCUCCGGGUGGGGGCGGCAGGCAAGUGCACCUAACGGGGGGCCAGCUUCUGGCUCUGUCUCCCAGGGCUCCCCCCGGGAAGGCUGACCCAGACUGCAGGUGCCCGCCCGCGUCAGGAGGCUGCGGCUCCUGCAGAAGGACCCUGGCAGGCAGAGCAAGGGGCGAGGGCUGCCCUGCUCGGCUGUUCCCAUGCUCCUGCCAUGGCUCGCCGGACUAGGGACUGGCCUCAUCUUCCUGCACUGCCUGCAGAAACUUAUGUUUCCUUACUUCUGGGACGACUUCUGGUUCCUGCUGAAGGUGAUAAGCUAUGGCGUUCAAAUGCAGAUGUACAGACUGAGAGGACAGCUGGACACUGUGCUGGAGAAAUUCCUGAGACAUGCCAAGAGGCAGCCCCACAAACCCUUCAUCAUUCAUGAGGGACAGAUCUACACCUACCAGGAUGUGGACAAAAGGAGUAACCAAGUGGCCCAGGUCUUCCUCAACCACUCCUCUCUGAAAAAGGGGAACGUCGUGGCCUUGCUGUUGAGCAACGAGCCGGACUUUGUUCACGUGUGGUUUGGCCUCGCUAAGCUGGGCUGCGUGGUGGCCUUCCUCAACUCCAACAUCCGCGCCCGUUCCCUGCUGCAUUGCGUGCUCACCUGCGAGCCCAGGGUCCUAGUGGUGGGCGCAGAUUUGCUUGGAACGAUAGAAGAAAUCCUUGCCAGCCUCCCCAAAGAUGUCAGCAUUUGGGCGCUGAAAGAUUCUGUUCCACAAGGAGUAAUUUCACUCAAACAAAAACUAAGCACAGCGUCUGAAGAGCCUGUGUCGCGCAGCCACUAUGCUGUCUCAAGCCUCAAGUCUACUUGUCUGUAUAUUUUUACCUCUGGAACAACAGGUCUACCAAAAGCUGCAGUGAUUAGUCAGCUGCAGGUUUUGAAAGGCUCUGCUGGCCUGUGGGCUUUUGGUUGUACUGCUGAUGACAUUGUUUAUAUAACCCUUCCUCUGUAUCACAGCUCAGCUGCUCUCCUUGGAAUUGGUGGAUGUGUUGCAUUGGGUGCCACUUGUGUGAUAAAGAAGAAAUUCUCAGCAAGCCAAUUUUGGAAUGAUUGCAAGAAAUAUAAUGUGACUGUGUUCCAGUAUAUUGGAGAACUUUGUCGCUACCUUUGCAAACAACCUAAGAGAGAAGGAGAAAAAUGUCAUCAGGUGCGGUUGGCAGUUGGAAAUGGUUUACGGAGUGAUGUAUGGACACAAUUUUUAGACAGAUAUGGAGAUAUUAAGAUGUGUGAAUUUUAUGGAGCUACUGAAGGAAAUAUUUGUUUCAUGAACCACACUGGGAAAAUUGGUUCCGUUGGGAGAACAAAUUUCUUUUACAAACUUUUUUUCAAUUUUGACUUGAUAAAGUAUGACUUUCAGAAAGAUACACCCAUGAGAAAUGAUCAAAACUGGUGUAGCCGUGUGAAAAAGGGAGAACCUGGACUUCUCAUUUCUUGUGUAAAUAACAAGAAUCCCUUCUUUGGUUAUGCUGGGUCUUAUACGCACACAAAAAACAAAUUGCUUUUUGAUGUUUUUAAGAAGGGAGACGUUUACUUUAACACAGGAGACCUAAUGGUCCAAGACGAGGAGAAUUUUCUUUAUUUUUGGGACCGUAUUGGAGACACAUUCAGGUGGAAAGGAGAAAAUGUGGCAACCACAGAGGUCGCUGAUAUUAUUGGGAUGCUGGAUUUUAUACAGGAAACCAACGUCUACGGAGUGGCUGUGUCAGGUUAUGAAGGAAAAGCAGGAAUGGCUUCCAUUAUUUUAAAACCAAAUAAGUCUUUAAAUUUAGAAAAGUUUUAUGAACAAGUUGUGACAUCUCUACCGUCUUAUGCCUGCCCACGAUUUUUAAGAAUUCAGGAAAAAAUGGAAACCACGGAGACUUUCAAACUGCAGAAGUUUCAGUUGGUGGAAGAAGGAUUUAAUCCACUGAAAAUUUCUGAUCCACUUUACCUUAUGGACAACUUGAAAAAAUCUUAUGUGCCAUUGACCCAAGAACUUUAUGAGCAGAUAAUUUCAGGGGAGAUAAAACUUUAAGUUUUUUGUAGAUACGCUGUUUUCAUUUGUAUUCCUAAGAAGAAUGAGAGGAAAGACAGAUGCUACUUGACUCACAGUUGGGUCAUUUCCCAAUAAAGCUAUCAUGAGUUGAAAAUAUCAAGAGACAAAAGUUCAUUUCUGCUCUUAAUACAUUAGACAUCACAACUUGCAAUACAGCACACUGAAAUCAGUUGUUCACCUUUGUGAUUGUGUGGGUGAAUCAGAGCUGCUGCUCAGCAUCACAAGAGAGGAGGAUACUACAUAUCUCUAGUCUGGGAAGAGAUUGCAAUUCAAGGCACAGUUUUUACCAAGCGUAUAUAAGAAAGUAAAAGCAAGAAAUCAUACAUAUAAUCACUAUAAAUUGGUACUGGUAUGUACAAUCCCUUAUUAUGGAAUGAUGAUAUGGAACUAACACCUAUGUUAUACAUCGUUAAUAUGAAAAAUAAUUUCUUUAGUAAGAUUUUAAUUUGCUUUAAUUGAUAUAAACUUUAGGCAAUUGUACUUUUCUCCUGUUUUAAGGUUCUAUGCAUUAUUAAUUAUUUGACUAAUGUUAAAGAUUCAACAAUAAAUAUGUAGUUAAUUUUGUUUAGAUAUUCAUAAGGUACUUUCUAAUAUGUAAAGUUUCUACAUUUUAAUAAAUGUUUACAUUUUGCUCACA